AUAGUUAUUAUUUAUUUGCACAUAACUAUCAAAUAAAAAAAACGCGAGUCAAAAUUCGUGCUGCGGUAAUGGAAAGUUGAGCCUUGCUUUUAAAUGUUUGUUACCAUUUUUCCAAAUUCGUCUGUUUGUUGCAUAAAAUUCAUCAUCAUAUAAACUGGCCCUUAUACUCCCCCACCACGAAUCGAGUAUCGAAAAUUUUGCAGACAUUUGAUCAUCUGUCAAACGUGAAAAAUUCUUAAGAACCCUCAAAUUUUCUACCGCAUCAUAAUUUUAGAUUAAAAGAACUUUUGCAUUUUUCUUUUAAAAAUAAAAAAUGUCAACUUACAGAAUCGGUUCAGUCAGUCGACACUUAAUCCGAAGCACAUUUACCCAGUCAUUAAAGUUGCAAGAAACUCAACAAAUACGUCGAUUCGCCGCCUCUUCACCCAAGUCAAACCGAUGGGGGACACUCAAAUUGGGAUUGAUUGGAGCUGCCCUUGGGGCAGCAUCUGGAACAGCAUACUCUCUAUAUUCAAACUGGACCGAUAGAAGUUCGCAUAUGGAGCAUCAACAAAUUAGAGCUAAAGUAUUGGAUGAACUACCAAAAAUUAGGAUUACAAAGAAAUAUGUAAAUUCCAAGGACACGUCCGGUCUUGAGUUGAUUCUUUUCCAAUUCCAAACAUGUCCGUUUUGUUGUAAAGUGCGGGCCUUCUUGGAUUAUAUGGGCAUUUCAUAUUCAGUGGUUGAAGUUGAUGCAGUAUUACGUCAGGACCUAAAAUGGUCCGAGUACAAGAAAGUCCCAAUGGUGUUGGUGCGGCGCAAAGAUGGAAAAUAUGUGCAGCUAACCGAUUCGAGUACAAUCAUAUCAAUUCUUGCUUCUUAUAUGAUCAAUCCCAAAGAACAAGAUGCUGGGGAGCUAGCAGAUUUUUACCCAGAGAUCUCCUUCUUCGAUAAUGAUGGCAAGAAGAAGAGCGAUAUCAUGAACAAAUAUUUCUUGAUGUACCAGGAGAAGCCACCCAAAGGUGUCACCUCAGAAGAUCAAGAAAAAGAACGCAAAUGGAGAACAUGGGCCGAUUCCCAUCUCGUUCACUUGAUCUCCCCCAACUGCUAUAGAUCUCGGGCUGAGGCUUUCGAGACAUUUGAAUGGUUUUCUGAUGCUGGUGAAUGGAGUGUACACUUCCCCAAAUGGGAAAGAGAUCUUAUGGUCUAUGCUGGUGCCACUGCUAUGUGGCUUAUCGGAGGAAUGUUAAAGAAACGUUACGGCCUCUCCGACGACGUUCGUUCGCACAUCUAUGACGCAUUAAACAAAUGGACAGAUGAGUUGAAGAAGAAAAAUACCAAAUUCUUGGGAGGCAACCAACCCAAUUUGGCAGAUCUUUCGGUCUUUGGUGUACUAAGCAGUAUGGAGGGAUGUCAGGCAUUCAAAGAUUGCUUGAAAAAUACAAAUAUUGGCGAAUGGUUCUAUGGAGUUAAAGAACUAGUUACCAAAAACCGGGGACAACUUAUACGAGAGAGAGUCGAGGGAAAACUACCAAUCGAGCAGAGAAUAAGUCUCAACGCAUAGAUUAUUUUAUUACAACGAAUAUUAAAUCUUAUUAAAUACAGACAAAAUAUUAAAAAUUAUUUUUAAGUUGCAAAUUCUUAAUAUAAAUAAAGUUGUUUUCAUCUUUUAUUGCAUAAACCUCAUCAAAUCUCCGAAUACUUGGUUAGGCAUAUAUCCCUUUUAUGGUUGGCGAAUCGAACGUUCGAAGUGAGAUAUUUUCAUUAGCGAACGAACA